CCCCCGCGCCUGCGCGUUGCGGGGCCCCUUGGUGCAGCCCCUAGCUGAGCCGGAGUGGAAAGUACGCGCCUCUUUGGGGCUGUGCCUUCCUGGCUGCUGCGCUGGAGCCCGUCGGCUGCGGCAGGAGAUACAUUUUGUGUACUCGGCAAAGCAGCUGUGUUGGCUGUUGAGGAGGCAAUAUGCUUGGCAGGAGACCCAGAAAGAGCCCCCAGGUGAAGGGUCAGGCAGCAGCAACUGCAAAACAGCUGGGACUGUUUGUUGAAUUUAAUGCUGAAGAAAUGAUACUAGACCUGGAGGAUGAUGGAGACCUAGAAGCAGAACUAGCGGCUAUCACUGGAGAGAAGCUGCCUGUUGGAAAAACACAAACUAAAGGAAAAACCCCUUUGCCUAUGGAGCAUAUUGAAAAGAUGGCUGCUGAGUGCAUGCAGGACCUGAAUGAGGAAGAUGAUGAAGGUCUGGAGGAAGAUACCGAACUUUUGGCGGAAUUGCAGUUGGUCUUGGGAGAUGAAGAUGAAGGAGCAAGCUGCGAACAUGAGACAGAAACAAUGGAAAUAUCAUCUGUAACCACAGAAGAGCACACUGAAACUAACCAGGCACAGAUGACUCCUGCUGUUUCCAGUAGAUUGCAACAAUCAAUAGAAGAAAGGAUCGCUAACUAUAAAGCAGCCAUUGCAAAUGCAAAAGAGGCUGGUGAGAGUGCCAAAGUGCGACGGUAUGAGCGAGGCCUCAAGGCAUUGGAAGCCAUGCUGACUGCAGUGAAGAAGGGGAAAAAAGUGAAUGAGGAAGAAAUGCCACCACCUGUAGCAUCAGGGAAGAGCUCUGUGACUACACCACAAGUCAUGCACCAUAAUGACUUGCCUAAAAGCUCAGGCAGUGAAGAGGAGGUUACAGUACCUGAACAGGGAGAGGAGGGGGGAAAGGAACACUCCUCUACCGACCAUGACGUAAUGAAUGCCAGUGAUCUGGAGCAGCCUGUGAGCCCGGUUGCACUCCAAGAUCAGGAUGUGAAUAUGGAUGUUCUAGGAAUAGAUGACACUGCUGAAAGCCAUUCCCCAAACCCUGGUACACGAGCACUGCUUGUUACAAGAGAGAAGGAAUAUAAAUUAGCAGCACUGAAGGCCAAACAAAGAGGUGAUCUUGAGAAGGCAAAAGAAUAUAUGAGGACUGGGAAGAAAUUCAGCAUGGUUCUAGAAGCACUGGACAGUGGGCAGCCAAUAGACCUCGAGAAUAUGCCUCCGGCACCUCAAGAACUUGAAAGUCCAGAAAAGAUGCAGCUUCCCUCAAAACAGCCUCUAUCUGUACCUGUGGAAACUUCCCAAUCUGUGACCUCACCAGAUACUCAAGGUUCCCUGCAGCAGCCGAAAACAGUGCUAGAGGCUUUGCAGCAGAGGCUGGAGAAAUACAAAACAGCAGCAGCCCAAGCCAAAGCAAAUGGAGAUAGUCGGAAAAGCAGGAUGCAUGAGAGGAUAGUCAAGCAAUAUCAGGAUGCCAUGAGAGCCCAUAAAGCAGGAAGAAAAGUGAAUUUUGCUGAAUUACCAGUUCCUCCUGGAUUCCCUCCAAUUCCUGGAAUGGCUACAACAGAGGAUGGCAAUACAGUUGCUACAGUGCUUGAAAGUGCUAACAGGCUGGCUAAGAUGGAACAAGAGGAGAAUGUUAAAGAUGAUAAUGAUGAGGAUGAGGCUUUCACACAGUCUCUGCCUAGCAAACAGACCACUCAGCUGCCUAAAAAACCAGUGCAAGUUGUUCAGCCACUAAUGGUGCCAUCUGCUAUAGUACAGGAAGAAACCUCUCCAGAGGAAGAUAAUUUUGUGCCCACCACCGAAACCACAUCAGAGAAGUCUACAUCUGGUGACCCCCUCUGUCCAGCUGUGAAAGAACAUCUUGAAAUUCUGGAGAAUAGAAAGAAACAAUACUUAAAGGCUGCCAUCCAGGCAAAGAAGCAAAAUGACCUUGAGCAAGCCAAGAUGUAUCUGAGAACAGCCAAAAGCAUAGAUCCAAAGAUUGAGUUGGCAAAAAGCGGCAAGUUAGUUGACAUUUCCAAGCUGCCUUCACCACCUACAGAUGAUGAGGGUGACUUUAUUUUCAUACAUCAUGAGGACGUGAGACUGUCUCAGAAAGCAGAAGAGGUUUACAUGCAGCUCAUGAAGUUACUGAGGGAUCAGUAUGAGAAAUGUGUGCAAUAUUCCAAGCAGUUCACACAUCUUGGAAAUGUAGCUGAAACUUCCCGGUUUGAAAAGCUGGCUCAGAAUUGUAAACAGGAUUUGGACAUUUUACGGCUUGCCCAGGCCCAAGGACUUGAUCCCCCAGGCCAUCAUUUUGAAGAGAGAACCUUUAAAAUUGUAAGGAUAUUUUCUGAACUCAGUAGCACUGAAAUGCACCUCAUCAUUGUCAGAGGAAUAAAUCUUCCAGCUCCACCAGGUGUGGCACCAAAUGAUUUGGAUGCAUUUGUGAAAUUUGAAUUUCAUUACCCAAACACAAUCCCACAACCUUCUCAUUGGCCCCUUUGGCUAGUGCUGAUGGCAGCAGCACUAGCAAUUAUAGGCACAACCUCUGGAAAGCCAAAGAGACUCCACUGCUGGUUUAUAGAGGGCCUUUCCCAAAUGCCCAAAGCACAUCUCGUGAUCUUGGCCCCAAACAAUCUUGCAGAGUAAAUGAGUAAUAGUUAAAGACUGGAGCAAUGGGUAGUUCACUUGCCUAAGCCACUUGGUGAGUUUAUAAACGUUUCUCCUGCAUAGCUCAUUGUCUUAAUUUGCAGUGGCUUCCACUGAACCCCUCUCCUGGGUUGUUGGAAAAUUGCUUGAGGUUAUUCAAAGAAAACCUUUCAUUGUUCAGAACCAGGCCAGGCCUCGUUAGAGAUUUGUUAGAUCCCCUACUUUGAUGAUAGGGAGCUCCUUGGACAUUCAAAGAGCACCUCUUGUUCACAUCCUGUUCUCACUGCUAUGUCUAGAACCAUCAAUAACAGAUGAAAUAAUGCUUGAGUCAUAUUUUGUUGCUUUCUCUCCCUUUGAUUCAGAGGCAUGCACUGCAGUUUGUUCCAGUUUUCCAGCUUUUUGUAUCCAGACAGCCAUUGUGCAUAGCUUGCAUGAGUCUGAGGACCAGUAAAUACAUAAUUCUCCUCAUGGCCAGUGCAUACAUAACAAUUUAUAAGGUUUAGUGACCAUUUCAAGAAAUAACACAUGGAUGAUACAUGUACAUUUAUUGUGCCAAUAUAGUUAUGGAGGAAGAACUGUACCUGUCUGGGGAACUGCAGAAGGCUGGGUUUUGCCAGAGGUUCCCCGGUCUUGUUGUAAUUCAGCAAGUGGUCAUGUAAAGGGAAGAAGGUGUUAUGAGGGAAAUAUUGGUGAAUAGAGCCUGGGAACAAAGAGAUUUGUGGGAGGGGGAAGAUGAAAGUUUCAGGACUGUAAGGUGUGUGCUACAAGGCACUUGUGAAGAAAAGGGGGUUAACUGAGUGAGUUGAAAAGGAGUUUUAAAUAUGGCCAAAUGCUUGCUUGUAGAUGGAUAAUGUAAAAGUGGUCCUCAAAGUAAUUUGAUGUUUUCAACUCCUUCUUUAGAUUGAUCAGUUACCGUAGGGAGAGGGAACCUGGGCUUUAUAGGGAGGAGGAAUAAGAAUUCCACAUUUCUCUGAGGACCACUGGAGGCAACUAGAGUGGUGGUGGGUUCCUCACCAUAGUAGACAGGUGUGAAUAUGAGAAGAUAAUAUCAUGAGUGGCAUUUACUGUAUGCCUUCAUGAUGUGCAUUAUUUGAGGCUGAAGAAGCAAAUGGGGGAAAGAGUUGCCUCUGGAAGAGAAAAAUCUUCUGUUCCUUGAAAACUAGGAUAUAUUCUAGAAGCAGCUGCAGGAAUUGGGUCACAUUGUCCUUGUUCAGUCCCUAGGGUUAUUACCUACUGUGCUUGGGAGUAGAAGCUAAUUUAUUUUCUUGUAAUGAUUUAACUGUUACAAAGAGCAGUCAUGUUGUAAAAGCUAAAUAAUCUCUUUGGAGCAUUUUUGGACUCUAAUGUUCUCUAUUCUUUUCCUUCUUAAGGAAAGCAGGUAAAAGUUACUGGGGUAACGUAGAUCAGCCCUUGUUCUGUAUCAAAGUAAAAGGGCCCCUCUGUGUCCCAGUUGAGUCUGGCUUAUUUUUUAAAACAUCCCUCAGGCAGGUUGUUUUGUUUCUUUUCCAAACAUUUGUAUGGUAUUUUACAGUUUACUCUCUCAGUAUGGGUCACUUUUCUAACAAAAAGCAAAUCAAAAUCAUGCAAAAUAUUAACGAUAUACUGCUGCAGAUAUUUCAGGAAAAUCUUUUUGCAUGAUUGCUUUUUUUUA